GCCUUCCAAACGUAAUUUUUCACUCAAAAAAUAAAGGUACUUGUGAGAGUGAAGUCCAUUGACGAAAAAAGCAGGCGUGCUUUGACGUUUGAGGCAAGCACGAGUGCUAGAUUUGGAGCCGUUGGGUGUAAAAGGUGUUUCCAACUGGCGGUAGCCUUCUUUCCCAAAAGCCCAGCUCGGCACUCUCCACCGCCCCGCUUCUUCUCACCGCUGUCCGCUAAACCCUACAAGCUACAACUCCAAGCAUGCCUCCAAAAGCUGCUAAAUCCAAGGAAGUACCAUCCGAGAGGCCCGUCCUUGGCCGAUUCUCUUCUCACCUGAAGAUCGGAAUCGUGGGAUUGCCAAAUGUGGGCAAGUCUACCCUUUUCAACACCCUCACGAAGCUUUCAAUUCCUGCUGAGAACUUUCCCUUUUGUACAAUCGAACCUAAUGAAGCCCGAGUUAAUGUCCCUGACGACCGCUUCGACUGGCUUUGCCAAUUGUACAAGCCCAAAAGUGAGGUAUCAGCUUUCUUAGAAAUUCAUGACAUUGCGGGACUGGUCAGAGGUGCCCAUCAAGGGCAAGGGUUGGGCAAUAGCUUCUUGUCUCACAUCCGUGCAGUUGAUGGCAUUUUUCAUGUUUUACGUGCGUUUGAAGAUUCAGACAUCAUCCAUGUUGAUGACUCUGUAGAUCCUGUAAGGGAUUUAGAGACUAUUAGUGCAGAGUUACGGUUAAAGGAUGUUGAAUUUAUUGAAAAGAAGAUAGAGGAUCUUGCAAAGAGCAUGAAGAGGAGUAAUGACAAGCAGUUAAAAAUAGAGCUUGAAUUGUGUCAAAAGGUCAAGGAAUGGGUUGAAGAUGGAAAAGAUGUUCGCCUAGGGGACUGGAAAGCAGCUGAUAUUGAGAUAUUGAAUACUUUUCAAUUGCUUAGUGCCAAGCCUGUUGUUUAUUUGGUUAACAUGACUGAGAAAGACUACCAAAGAAAAAAGAACAAGUUUUUGCCAAAGAUUCAUGCUUGGGUGCAAGAACAUGGAGGUGAACCAAUCAUUCCUUUCAGUGGAGUGUUUGAGAGAAACCUUGUUGAUAUGGAACCUAAAGAAGCAGCACAGUAUUGCGAGGAAAACAAGGUACAAAGUGCUCUUCCAAAGAUCAUCAAGACUGGUUUCUCAGCAAUUAAUCUCAUAUACUUUUUCACAGCUGGCCCUGAUGAGGUGAAAUGCUGGCAAAUUAGACGGCAAACAAAGGCUCCUCAAGCUGCAGGAGCCAUUCAUUCUGAUUUUGAGAGAGGAUUUAUUUGUGCUGAGGUCAUGAAAUUUGAAGAUCUGAAGGAGCUUGGCAGUGAAGGAGCUGUUAAGGCUGCUGGAAAAUAUAGGCAGGAGGGGAAAACUUAUAUGGUCCAAGAUGGAGACGUAAUAUUUUUCAAGUUUAAUGUUUCUGGAGGUGGGAAGAAGUGAAAGAGUGUUUACUUGAGACAGGAGUCAAUAGUCGAGUGUGAGCACCCAUUCUUUUGAUGUAUGAGCUGCUUUUGUGGCAUAUCAAUAGGAAGAAGGAUUAAUAUAUACUAUGCCUCCUUAUUUGAGCACUAGCUGUUUUGUAGAAGAAACUUAUUUGCAUCCAUCACUUACAAUAUAUAAUUUAAAUAUAAUAAUUCAAGU